UCCAAAAGAGGGCUUUUGAAUUUAUCAUGGGUUUCUGCCUUGGACUGGUUUGUGGGUUUCGAGUUUUUGCUCAUUCAUAGUGUGGAGAUUAGCCUUUCAUGGAUGAAGACAGAGAGAUCAGCCUUUUUUUCCGAGAUAAUGGAUUCUAGCAAAAGCUCUGAAUUGGAAAAUGAAUUGAGUGUUGUCAUAGUUGAUCAACAAGAGGAGGAUCAAGUAGAACCUACUCAUGGAAGUCCAAGCAGAUCAAACACUCCGAGUAGACAUGACAAGCAAAAUGUAGAAGUACCAAAAGUUGGCAUGAAGUUUGAUUGUGAUGAUAGCGCUUAUGAAUUUUACAAAGAAUAUGCUCAACGGAUUGGCUUUAGUGUAAGGAAAUAAUUUGUAAAGCGAGCAAAGAGGGACAACUUAAAAGGAGAACAUUUUGUUGCUCAAAAGAGGGUGAGCGAAGUGUUGACAAACGCCAAGAACAAGUAUCUUUUCGCCGCCCAGUAUCACGAGUGGGUUGUUUAGCACAAAUGACUUGUCAACUCCAAAAGGAUGGUAUGUUAGAUGUUGUUUCUUUUCAUGAACAACAUAAUCACGAGCUUGCUUCUUUGCCAAUAAAGCAUAUGUCAAGAUCAAAGAGAGAAAUUGCACCUGCUCAAAAAGCCAUUACAGAUGAUGUAGAGAGGCCUGGAAUAUCAAUUACACAAGCCAUUGAUUCAUUGAGCAUGGAAGUAGGGGGUGGUGAAAAUCUUGAGUUUAUGAAUGUUGACUAUAAGAAUUCUGUACAUAAUGAGAGGAGGACGGCUUUGAAGAAAGGAGAUGGUCAUACCGUGAUGGAAUACUUUUGUAAGAUGUAAUUAGAAGAUCCAUCUUUUUUUUAUUCAAUACAACUUGAUGAUAAUAAUCAAAUCAUGAACAUUUUUUGGGCUGAUUCUAGAUCAAUAGUUGAUUAUGGACAUUUUGGAGAUGUUAUAUGUUUUGACACAACUUCUCGGAAAAAUACAUACGGUUGACACUUUGCUCCAUUUGUUGGGGUUAAUCAUCAUAAACAAACAAUUAUCUUUGGUGCAACUUUACUUUAUAGUGAAACAAUAGAGUCAUUUAAAUGGUUGUUUGAAACUUUUUUGAGUGCAAUGUCAUGAAAGCAACCAAGAACUAUACUUACAGAUCAGUUUGUUACAAUGGCUAAAGCAAUAGCUGAGGUAUUUCUUGAAUCAAAUCAUCGUUUAUGUGUAUGGCAUAUUUAUCAGGAGGCCACUAUGCAUCUAAGUCAUGUAUUUGAUUCGUUUCAAAAAUUUGCAAAUGAUUUUAGUGAUUGUGUGUAUGGUUAUGAAGAUGAAGAUGAAGAUGAAUGGCUCGUUGCAUGGGAUAAUAUGCUUGAGAAAUAUGCUCUUGUUGAUAAUAAAUGGUUAGGUGGGAUAUUUGAUGUGAAGGAGAAAUGGGCUAUGGUAUAUGGUCGGCAUAUGUUCACUGCUGAUAUGAAAAGCACCCAACGCAGUGAGUCGAUGAACAACACGUUGAAGAAAUACUUGAAUGUUAAACUUGAUUUUGUGCCUUUUUCAGAACAAUACUCUAGAGUUUUGGCUGAUAAGCAACAUCAAGAACUACAAAUAGAGUUCAGAAUGAGGUGAACAAAACCUGUUUUACGAGUUGAUUUAGAGAUGUUGGGACAUGCUGUAGAGUUUUACACCCCAUAAAUAUUCCCAAUGUUUCAAGAUGAAUAUUUGAGGAUGGGGGAUUGUAAAAUUUACUGGGUUAAUAAAUCUGAUACUAUCAAAGAAUACAAAGUCACAUAUAGGGAGAGAACUCAAGAGCACCUUGUUAAAUAUGAAGCCUCAACGACUAUUGUGGAAUGCAAUUGCAUGAAGUUCAAUUUCAUAGGAAUUCUAUGCAUCCAUGCUUUGAAAGUUCUUGACAAGAAAAAUAUUAGGAGACUUCCAGCCCAUUAUAUAUUGAAAAGGUGGACAAAAGAUGCAAAGAUUGGUUCUAUCAAGGACUAUUGUGGCAUUUAUAUUAAAGGUAAUACUCAAGAAUCGAUAGAAAAGCACUACUCUCAUUUGAGUUAUAAAUUUCGUGAAAUUUCCACACUUGCAAAAAAGAGUGAGAAGAUGUAUGAACAUACCAAAAGAUGUUUUGAAAAUUUAUUGAAAGAUUUGCAAGAGAUGAGAAAGAAAUGUUAUUCUAAUAGUAUGGAAGGUCGCGUAGAGGUCCAUGGUGAAGCCAUUCAUGCAAAUGUAUUACAAGGUAAUAGUGGAUUUGACUCCCACAAGGAUAUAAGUUCUCAAGAUUGUGUUGUUGGACACUACUUAAAAGAUUUAUAUGGUUUAAAUCAGGUUUCAUCACCUUCUGAUAUUAUCCAAGAAGAGCACCAUAUUGGCAACAACUCUAAGCAGGUUGGGUUUAGAAACCAACUUUUUUGGAUGGGGAUUGGAGACAAAAACGGGUGGAGUUAAGAGUACAAGUUUAUUUGACGGAAAUUGGAGACUAUUUUUGACUGUCAACUGUUAAGUAAGUUAUUAAACUUACUUCUUCUUCUUCUUCUUUUUGUGUUUGUGUGUGUGUCUAUUUAAUUCAGAUUUGCAAUUGUUUUGACAAAAUGUUGCAUGUGAUGUGACAAGACACAAGUUUUUGGUAGCUAGGUGAUCAUAAAGGGCCUUUACUACUCUUGGCACAAAUGAUCAUUUACCAACCUUUUUUUGUUUUGUCACAAAAGCUGCUAAUAGUUUUGUUCUUGGCCAAUACAAUUGUGGUGGUUGUAAUCUAGAUUUGAACAAGAUUUUCUUUUUCUUCUUUUGGGGCAGAAAGCUAUAAUAUUUAUGAAUAAAUUUUAUUUGAUGCUUGCCAAACUGAGAUAAUAUCCUGUCCUAACUUGCCAAAGUCACAGAAACAGUAAUGCCCUUACUUAGCUCAUUGAAACUGUCUUUGCAUCUCAAGGGUGUGUUUGAAUCUGUGUCAAUGGUCUUAGAUUAGAGACAAACACCUUGAAUCCUCAAGGUGGUUCGUACCCCUUGGCUUAACAUUGGUUGAGCGUUAAAGCUAGCCUCUACCAAUAAUUUUAUUUUACUCAACAGCUCUUGCUAAG